CUUUCCCUGGGGCCUUUCUCCUUUCCUCCUGUCCCAUUGGCCCUUGGCUGGUGCUGGGAUCCCGGCCAGAUCUCUUUGCGUGGAGACUGGCUUCCAAAACAAGAUCCCAGGAUCAGCUGAGUGGCGCAGACCUGCAGCCUGCAAGACCUAGAUUUUGACAGCUGUCUCUAUCGAGAGAGACUUCUACAGAGCAGCAUCAGCAAGGGUUUCCUUCUGAAAAGAGCCAUCUCCAGCCAAAGGGGCCUAAGCUUUACAGCAUUUGGCUUGGGCAAGGUCUGUGUCACUGUCCUCUGGUGCAAUAGUCUUCUCCCCUUGGAUAUCCAGAAUUACCAGAGAGCUUAGCAAACAGAUGGUGUUUUUGAAGGUCCUCUUGAUAAGAGCCACACAGAAGACCUGCUGAGAUGCAGAAGCAGCAUGGAGAAGCCUUUUCACUGCAGAAGAAGGAAGAGAAGAGCUCCAGAUGGAAACCCAGCUCUUCAGAGCCAUCCUCCCAAAAGUUUCAAUUUGGUGUAGGGACAUUAUUAGUUGUGGGGCUCCUCUUUGGGGUCUUUGCGGCUGCAUGGUGUGGUUUCAUGGUUGCUCUGAAGAAGACAGAAAGGUUGAAGAAGGGGCAGCUGGACUUAAUGCAGGAUGGGUUUUCCCUCAAAAGCCAGAAUGGAGAGAAGGUGGUCUUCAGGCAGGCCUUCCAGUCAGGCCACCUGGACCUGGAGUCUUGCUCUGAGGAAGGGGACGUUGUGACCUGUUCUGGGAUGGACCCAGGGAAGUUCCAUUUUGCCAUCCAGAUUGUCAGGCCUAAGGAAGCAAUAGCCUGUUACCAUGUCACUUGGGAGGAGAUGGUAGCAGACUCAACAGUGGAACACAAGAUGUUCUGGGGAGAUGCCCACUGGUAUGGCGGCCAUGAGAUGAGCAUCCAACACUGGCCCAUUUGGCUACCAACCGAUCAGGAACCCAUGCCCUUUGUGACCAGCGAUGUCUAUUCUUUCAGGAACAGCUUUGGAGGCAUCCUGGAGAGGUACUGGCUCUCCUCCAAAGCGGUGGCCAUUAAGAUUAAUGACUCUGUGCCCUUCCAUCUUGGGUUCAAUGCCACCGAAAGGUCCCUGACCUUCCAAGCCAGGUAUAAAGACUCUCCCUACAAGCUCCCAUUGGGACGGUCAACCUUCCCAGAGCUGAGUUACCACAUCUGCUUAGGUUCAGAUCUUACUUCGGUCCACAAAUACAUGGCACAAAGCUAUUUCAGAAAGCCCUCGAAGGUGCCUUCAGAAAAGAUGUUCAGGCUUCCAGUCUGGUCAACAUGGGCCUUGUACAAAAAAGAAGUGGACCAGGAUAAAAUUCUGGAAUUUGCCCAAACGAUACAAAAGUAUGGUUUUGGAUAUAGCCACCUCGAGAUAGAUGACAUGUACGUGCAGCAUUAUGGAGACUUUGAGUUUGAUCCAGCAAAGUUUCCUCGUGUAACAGAAAUGUUUGAAAAACUUAAGAGGGAUGGGUUUGGUGUUACGGUCUGGAUCCAUCCCUUUGUGCACAAGGAUUCUCCAAACUUUGAGGAGGGGAUGGAGAAAGAGCUUUUCGUCACAGAGGCAAUGGGGAGCUCUCCUGCCAUGGUGGAGUGGUGGAACGGCGUUGGCGCCAUAUUAGAUGUCACCAAUCCUUCAGCUAGAGAUUGGCUUCAGAGCCAGUUGGGCAAACUUCGCUCCAAGUAUGGCAUAUCGUCCUUCAAAUUUGAUGCUGGCGAAACCUGUUACCUUCCUGACCAGUUCAGAACCUUCCAGCCAUUAUUUGACCCCAGCCUUUGGUCUACACUUUAUGCCGAAAUGGCUAUUCCUUUUUAUGAGAUGGCAGAAGUCCGCGUUGGCUACCAAUCUCAGCAUGUUCCUUGUUUCGUCCGUGUUAUUGAUCGAGACUCCAUUUGGGGUUAUGAACUGGGAUUGAAGUCCUUAAUACCUACAGUCUUGACUCUGGGCCUUUUGGGAUACCCUUUCGUACUUCCGGAUAUGAUCUGUGGGAAUUUUCUUCCCAACAAGACGGACGGCGCAGUGGACGUCCCAGACCGGGAGCUGUACAUCCGCUGGCUGGAGCUCUCGGCCUUCAUGCCCUCCAUGCAGUUCUCCAUCCCUCCCUGGCUUUACGAUCAAGAGGUCAUCAACAUUGCUCUCAAGUUCAGCAAGCUCCAUGAGUCUCUGGUGGCACCACUCUUGCUGGAAUUGGCCGCAGAGGUAACAGACACUGGAGACCCCAUCAUCCGCCCUGUCUGGUGGAUCUCUCCCAACGACGAGUCCACUCACAAAAUAGACUCCCAGUUCCUCAUUGGGGACACCUUGAUGGUGGCCCCCGUUUUGGAGAAGGGCAAGCAAGAACGGGACAUCUACAUCCCGGCCGGCAAAUGGCGCAGCUACAAAGGAGAGCUCUUCGACAAGACACCCACGUUGGUCACGGACUACCCUGUCAACUUGGAUGAAGUGGCCUACUUCUUUCAGGUUUCUUGAGUUGCUUCCAGAGCCAUGUAAAAUACUUUAGUUAAAAAAAUACAUCAGCUAUUAAAACAUAACAAAGUUGGGUUGUUGAAGGGUUUUUCGGGCUAUAUCUAGAGGCAUUCUCUCCUGACGUUUCGCCUGCAUUUAUGGCAAGCAUCCUCAGAGGUUGUGAGGUCUGUUGGGACAUUAAGCCAUUUUCUCCUGACAUUUCGCCUGCAUCUAUGGCAAGCAUCCUCAGAGGUUGUGAGGUCUGUUGGAACUAGGAAAAGGGGUUUGUAUAUCUGUGGAAUGACCAG